CUUUACCAAAAACUGAAAUUAACCGGAUCCCAAAAGAUAGCUAAUAUCAUUGUACCCUUACCACUGCCAUCGGCAAGUGGUGGAGAUGAUCCGCCCAACAUCACGGUUACAUUUUCCUCUCAUAAACAAUCAAUAUCCGGCUAUUUACGCCUGAAUCUACAAAGCGAUGAACAAAUUUAUCCACAAGAAAUUGUGGAACGCCUAUUUCCCGCUCCUGGGCAGCAUACCCAUAUUCCUCCGAAUAUGCUCAAAGAUUGGUAUAAUAACAAUUUGAUGACAUUACCAGAGUCUUCGGGACAAUUAGAAGAGCGUCACUCCGAGAACAGUGAAAGUGAAGAGGAAGCAGAAAAAUCUACCACCACAAAAACCUGCACCUUUCAAGAAGAUCUCCUGCGCUUCUGUGAUAUAUCCGAAAUCGAUAAUAACCCUCGUCUACGUCUGUUACGAUCCCGAUAUUCGAAAAAUGAUUCCCGCACCAGAGAUUUGAAAUUUAUACCAAUGCUGGAACAUGAGUUGGAAUUUGAAUGGGAAUCGGAGGAGCGAGUUUUGGAUCCUGGAAAUUGGAUGGAUCCCAUUGAUUUGCAUAAACAUGAGGGUAAAAAAUAUUUGAAGCAGUUGUAUGAAGCUAUACAGAAUCAAUGUAUACGCUUGACAAAGGUGGUGGCCAGUCAGGAGAAUUUAUUGCUGAAUGAUGAACCAAUGAGUUGGAGUGCCUUCUUUCAAACGCUGCGUUUGAUUUUUCAACCUCGGCUGAUUUUGAAUCCCCGCAGCAAUAUGUUGCCCUCAUCUCCUCCGGGCAGUCAGCAGCAUACCCUCUCCAUGGAUCAUGUUCAUACAUUUAAAAUAGUUUGUAACAUCAUAAGAGCAACUGGUAUACCAGUGAGGAUUACGAAUCCUGAUGAUUCAGAUAGUAGGGGAAGAGGUGGUAGUCCUGGAUCGUCGAAUGUUUUUGUGUUGCAAAAUUUAAAAUACUCAAAUGUUCGACCAUUUGUAGCUGUAAAUUAUAAGGACAAAUUUGGUCGUACCAUGACGGCUGAGGGAUCGAAUCCAACAUGGAAUGAACAAUUGGUCGUACAAAUAAGUGGCUCCUUAGCAGAGUUUCGUGAUGACUUCAAAAUUUGCUUGUUCGAUGAAGUCAUUGAAAAUCAAUGGAAUGAUGAUGCCUCUUUGAAAAGUACGGAUAUUUUUCAAAGAAUACAAAAUAAUUGGUUGGGUGAAUAUCGGAUACCAAUUAGUGUCAUAUUGACACAGCAAAAGAUCGAUGGUGUAUUCGAAUUAAAUAAUCCGAAAAUAUUAAUUGGCUACAAGCGACCCUCUCUCGAUAAUAUAACAUCAAAUUCCGAGACAAAUAUAAUGAUUGAACAAUUUCCCGAAAUAAAGGAAUCGAUACGUUUGUGGUGCUACAUCAGUGUCGAACCAACGUUUGAACUACCCAGUAUUCAAACUAAGUGUUUGGAGUGUUCCGAAUUAUCGGAAGUUAGGCAAAAUCUAAAUAAUUGGAGUAUGGAGGCAUGGGAAAUGAUGCCAGAGAAAUUUUUGGAGCCUCUAGUGUGUACUUCGGAAGGAAAACGUAUUUGUAUUACAAGAUUACUGCAAGCCGUACCACCUCCAGUUGAUGCUAGUGAGAAUUUAUUGGAUAGCGCGUGUCGUUUUGUAUCGCUGCUGUCGACGCCGAAGUCCUUUGAUCCUUGUACUAAUUUUUCUGGUGUUUGGAUGAAUAAUGAGCUUCUUUUGGAUACCACUUGGGGUUCCACGAAAGAUUUGGGUGUUUUGCUCUGCAGCUAUCUCCUGCAUUUGGGUCUACAAUGUUGGUUGGUGUUAGGCCUAGCCUAUCCAUAUGGACAAUGUGCUUUUGUUCUAUUUAUUUCUGAGGAGGAAAUGCAAUUCAUUGACCCCUGCAGUGGGAAGCGAUAUUCGGUCAAGGAUGUAUUUUGUCCAUUAUAUUCCAUCAAAAUGGUUGUGGCACCUAAUAAUUUCUAUCUCAACAUCCAAUCGGAGCAACGUGUUUCAAUGAUGAAUUUCAAUUUUACCGAUUCGUCCUGUUGGCUACCGGGUUUUGGUAAAAGGACAACAGCUCCCCAGGGAGGUUUUCAUGUGAAAUCAUAUAAAUAUCGUUCGUCUUCGAGUAUUGGUGAAUUGAAAUAUAAUAUUGAACGGAAAAUUAUGAAGAAAAUAAGUAGCUGGAGAACUAUGCGGAAGACGGUGUGGAAUCGAGCCUUUCAACCACGUCUAUUGAAUAUUCUGCAAGCUAUGGAACAAAGUGCAACUUUUGGUAGCGGAUCUUCCUAUGAGGAAUUAAAAUAUAAUAACAUGUUGGCAGCGGAGUUUCCUAAUUAUAAGAUUUAUGGCUUUACACUCAACUACUCAUAUACGAAUUUAAAUCAAAUAUCGGAACGUAUCAAAACGACUGGCAUUCAUUUGAAUUCCAAUAAGAAUGUGGAAUUUGCAUUGGCCGUACACAUUCAUCCGUAUCCGAAUAAUGUUCUCUCCAUAUGGAUAUUUCUAAUCUCAAUUGUUGUAAAUAAAUAAA